AUGGACAUUAUGGAUACUGAGUGUGCUCUAGAGGCCGUAGAGAGACUCCAGGCCAAGCUCAAGGACCAAGGGGAAGCGUCCAUGCAGGAAAAGCUCUUCCUGCUCAGAACAGUCCUGCAGAGCCCUCUGUUCCACCAUAUCCUGAGUCUACAGAAGGCUCAAAGGAAACCUCCACCUAAGGGGAAGAAGGGCAUUUCCAAGUCAGUGUCAAUGAAGUGUGGAACGUGCCCUGGCAUGGCUCUGGGUUUAAAGCCUUUGAGCCAUAGUGACUCGUACACCUGGGCCAUGGAGAAUCGCAGUCGCAGUAACCCUCUUCACGGCGACGGCAGCAGCUCCUCACUGGCUUCACAAGAGCUUUCUAUCUCUGAAAUCUACCCGGAUACACGCACAUAUCCAGAGUCGCAGUACUGUACUCCACCAAGAAUCUCCCGAACAUUGUCAAUGGGAAGGAAUCUGUCUGCUAUUGCACACGAGAGGAGACAUUUGGCAUUGAUAGAGCUGAUAAAUGACGGGAAAGGCCUCGGCUUUGGCAUUGUUGGAGGGAGAAGUACCGGAGUCAUGGUUAAGACUAUUCUUCCUGGUGGAGCUGCUGGCCAGGAUAACCGCCUUCAAAGUGGAGAUCAGAUUCUUCGUAUUGGUGACACAGACCUGGCAGGGAUGAGCAGUGAACAAGUAGCACAGGUGCUCAGAAAUGCUGGGACCAAAGUGAAGCUGCUCAUUGCCCGAGACGCAGCAACAGACAACCACAAAUCUUCUCCUGAUUUAAGGCGUGGCAGCAUGGACAGCCAGCCGGUUAACCCAAACCAUGACUAUGAGUUCAGUGUUCAGUAUACAAAAAACAACCAUGGUUUAGGAUUCACGAUCUCAAGCUACACUGGCGAUCUAAACUCAAUGUACAGCGCCGGGGUGAUGGUGAAGAGCAUCGUGAAGGGCAGCAGUGUCGAUCAAGAUGGCCGCAUCCACAUCGGUGACAUCAUCCUCUCUGUGGAUGGCAUGAGUUUGCACGGUUGCAGUGAGCAGAGGGCCAUGGAGGUGCUGCGGAGGACAGGGGCAGUGGUUCGUUUGAGGUUGCUCAGAAAAGUGGUGGUCCUGAGCCACGUUCUGCCCCCUGUGCCCCCCCUGCACCCGCUCAGACACUCGCACAGCUUCCAAGAGGGCAACCCCUACAAAGUCAGCCUCAACAAGAUAACAGAGACAGGAGUCAGCUCUCUUCGUGAGAUCUCAUGGCGUGCAGCCUUUGCCAACAGGAAAUGCAGAUUUGAUUCCAGAAGUGGAGGAAAGCUGACGUCCGCUGAGGAGGAAGAACUGAAGAAAAGAUGGCAGCGAGCUCUUGGACUGCGAUAUGAAGUCACUGUGUGCCAGCUGGAACGGUUCAGUGAAACCAGCGGACUUGGCAUCAGUCUGGAGGCCCGAGCGGGACAUCACUACCUGUGCUCCGUUUUACCCGAGGGGCCUGUCGGACAGUGCGGCAAGAUUCAAACUGGAGACCAAAUAUUAGAGGUGAAUGGCAUCCCCCUGAUCGGACAGACUCAUAAGGAGGUGGUCAGUAUUCUGAAGGAGCUGCCCGUGCGAGUGUGCCUGGUGUGCUCUCGAGUGCUGCCCCCCACGGCUCCUGAGAGCAACCAGGAAGAUAAAGACCAUCUCCACCUCAGCCUCAAAGAGCUGCUGGCUGAGUUCAAUGACAAGUUGGACCAAGGCUGUGUGAUCCCCUGCCCUACAGCAGAGGACAUAACCAAACGCGGUGUGCCCCCCAUGUCGCCCCCUCUGGCCAUGUGGGAGAGGGAGGCGGUGGUGGUGGAGCUGGAGAAAGGCGAGUCGGGCCUGGGCUUCAGUAUCCUGGACUACCAGGACCCCGAGGACGCCUCAAAGACAGUGCUGGUGAUCCGGUCCCUGGUGCCUGGAGGUGUAGCAGACAAAGAUGGCCGCCUGCUUCCUGGAGACAGACUCAUGUUUGUGAAUGAGACGGACCUGGAGGGCUCCAGUCUGGAUUAUGCUGUUCAUGUUCUUAAAUCCACCGGCUACGGCCCCGUCCGCAUAGGAGUCGCCAAACCUCUGCCGCUGGAGUUGUGUGGUGGCCUGACGCCCAUCGCGGAGCGGAGUGCGCGAGCCUCCUGCGAUGACAGUGACAGCCACACUCAGAUCAGCCUGCUAGCCGAGGCUAACACCGACGCCGACACUGUCACCUCGGAGGAUAACAGUGGCAUACGGACGCGUCACCCUGCAGCGGAGAAGCAGUUGCGUCAGCGCUUUAACACCAUGGACGAGGACCACGGCGACGUGCCCCCGCUGCUCCCUCGCACCAACUUCGAGAGGACCAUCACAGUUGUCCGGGGCAACUCGAGCCUUGGCAUGUCGGUGAGCGCGAUCAAGGACGGCUCAGGCAUGCUGGUGCGCAGUCUGGUCCAGGGGGGUUCUGUAAGCCAUGAUGGCAGGCUGGGGGUAGGAGACGCCAUCUUGGCCAUCAACGAAGAGCUAACCACUAAUCUGACCAACGCCCAGGCAAGAGCCAUGCUCCGCAGGCACUCUGUCCUGGAGCCAGAGAUCAGGAUAACAUACGUCGCCGCUAAUCAGGUGGACGAGCAUCGCGGUCGGCUCGGUCUGCCUCCUCUGGCCUCCAUAACAGUAGACAGUGCGUCCCCUUCGCCCACGCCCCCCACGCCUUCACCAGAGCCCCCAACGGGACACUGCAGAUCCCCGGGGCCCAUCAGACCUACUCUCGUAACUUCAUCCGCCGCUCCAACUGUCCACAAACCAUCUACGGCAGUCCACCUUAAACCUCCGGGCACCGCGGAGUCUGUCGAACCUGCGUCGGUCCAUCUUAAACCUCAGAUCACAACGGAAUCGGUCAAAUCAUCUUCAUCGCUCCAACUUAAACCUCAAACCACAACCGAACCAGCGAAAUCAUCUUCAUCAGUCCAUCUUAAACCUCAGAUCACAACGGAAUCAGUCAAAUCAUCUUCAUCAGUCCAUCUUAAACCUCAGAUCACAACGGAAUCAGUCAAAUCAUCUUCAUCAGUCCAUCUUAAACCUCAAACCACAACCGAACCAGCGAAACCGCCUUCAUCAGUCCACCUUCAACCUCCAACGAACCCAUUUUCUUCAGUUAAAACUUCACCCCCGACCGAACCCGCCAAGCCAUCUGCUCCAUUUAAAGCUCCAUUCAAAUCCAUCGUCCCCACCGUCACCCCAGCUUCAGACACCAGUUGGCAGAUUCGAAAAACGAGCCUGGAUACAACCGAACAGGGAAACACGCAUGAACACUAUACAGAGAACAUCAAGGACAAUCACACUGAUGGGAAAGCGCCUAAAUUGGACGCGGGGCUUAAAGCAGAUGAAACAGAUCCGACGGCUAAAGAGGAAUUCCACCCUCGCUUGUUUGUGUCCUGGGAGCACCCUAGAAGUGUGCGUUUGAUUCGUGGAGCAGGGCAGUCCCUCGGCAUCAGCAUUAUGGGAGGUAGAGGCAUGGGCCGCAGACUGAGCAGUGGAGACAUGAUGAGGGGGGUGUUCAUCAAGCACAUCAGCCCCGACAGCCCGGCAGCGCUUAAUGGCACCCUCCGGAUCGGAGACAGGUUACUGGAGGUCGGUGACGUGGAUCUCAGAGAAGCAAGUCAUGAACAGGCAGUGGAGGCCAUUCGGAAAGCUGGAGAAUCGGUGGUGUUCCUGGUGCAAUCCGGACAACAACGAUCCCAGUCUCCUAUGCACAGUAACAAUGAGCAACUAACUCCAAGUCCACUAUCCAACUCCCACAGCAACAAGGUAAAAGAACUUCACGUUGGUUUGUUCCACAACCUCUCCCCCACCAAUCCCUACACUCCUACUCCCUUUAAGGUGCCCUCACCAACACUGCAGAGAGUGGAUCGUAGGGGCCCCUUGACUGUCCCAUCAAAGACACAAGUGGCAGCGGAAGAUGAGGACGACACCGGCAGGAAAAAGAUGCUUGAGCGGUAUGGCAGCUUGUCCGGGAAGCUCCAUAUGAUUGAGCUGGAGAAGGACCCGGCCGCUCAGGGGCUCGGGAUCCGGCUCACGGGGAACAAGGAUGGCUCCAGGGCCCGGAUGAGUGUCUAUGUGGAGCGCGUAGAGCCUGAAGGGCCCGCUGCUUUAGACGGGAGGAUCAGGGAGGGGGACGAACUGCUGGAGAUCAAUGGUCAGAUCUUGUACGGUCGCAGUCACCAGAACGCCACCACCAUCAUCGACAACGCUCCUGCCAAAGUCAAGAUCAUCCUCAUUAGGAACAAAGCGGCUUUAGGUCAAACUGGACACAGUUCAGGAACAGCGUGUGAGGACGGUGCCAACUGCCAGUCAAAAUGCACAGGGUCAAACAAAGACGUGCAGCUCAUCAACUCACCUCAGGAUCACAAGGCUCUUAGUCGAUGCUUAGGUUGUAUAUGUAAUAAUCAUUCUGACUUCUUCUCUUACAUCAACAUUGCUCUUGUGUGCGUCUACGGUGGACAAAUAAAGAUCGGAGACAGGAUUGUCGGAGCGAGUGAUGAACCUGUAUCUUCAGUAGACAAGGUGUCUAGUCGGAUUUGCAAACACGGGGCCACUGUCAAACUGUCAGGGAGCCAUUCCAAGAAUCCCUCUCUGCCUCCUCCCGCCUCCAUAUCAUGCCCGACAUCUCUCACUCCGCAUUCCUCCAUCAAUCUCUCUACCUCAGCCUCCCCAUCGCAAAUCCCUAACGCGCCCUCCACAACAAAAAUGCUUUCUGAUAGGCUAAAGUCUAUGCCUGACUCCGCUGACCCGCAAAACUGCCCCAUUGUGCCCGGCAAAGAAACCGCAAUAGAAAUCCACAAAGGGAAUCUCGGGCUAGGGCUGAGUAUUGUUGGAGGAUGUGACACUUUGCUGGGGGCAGUGAUAAUCCACGAGGUGAAUGACGGAGGUGCAGCACAAAGAGACGGGAGGCUGCAGGCUGGAGAUCAGAUACUGGAGGUGAACGGUAUUGACCUACGACAGGCCACUCACGACGAGGCCAUCGGAGUGCUGCGCCUGACCACGCAGAGAGUGUCGCUGUGUGUGUUCAGGCACCAGGAGGCCUACAGGGAGGAGGACCUGUGGGACGUCUUUAGUCUGGAGCUGAGGCCGCGGCCCGGAGAGGGAAUAGGCUUUACCGUUGUGGGCAAAAGUAAUGACACGGGCAUCUUUGUGUCAGAUAUCAUUAGAGGAGGAAUAGCGGAUUCGGAUGGCAGGUUGUUGCUAGGUGACCAGAUCCUGUCAAUCAAUGGGGAGGACGUCCGAGCAGCCUCCCAGGAUCACGCUGAGAAACUUCUACAGAAAUGGAACGUCAUUGUUCAUUUGGAGGUGGCUCGCUUUAAAGCUGGUGUAGAGUACUCAAACCGAAGCCAGGAGUACUUUAAGUUAUGUUUUAUCCAGAGCGAAGACUCUGAUUGUUCAACCUUGACACCAACCAGUGGAUGUGACGCAUCACUUGGCCACCAGGGGGAGACAGAACACAAAACGGGGAGCUAUAAGGCCUACACACGGAGAGUUACAAUACACAAGGGUCCAUAUGACUCUCUGGGCAUCAGCGUGGCCGGAGGAGUGGGAAGUCCCCAUGGAAACGUGCCUCUUUUUAUUGCCACAAUGGAUAGCGAUGGUUUGGCUGCUCACACACAGAAACUAAAGGCUGGAGACAGGAUCGUCAGCAUUAACGAUGUGUCCACAAAGGGAAUGACUCACGUCCACGCCGGGGCCCUGCUGAAGACGACCGGUGGAAGUGUCAGUCUGGAGGUGACUUCGUGCGGGAGUGAGUGCAUCGCAGGAGAGCCCAGAGAAAGCCCUUCAGCAUCAUUAGAAGCACCCAGCAGCUUGUCAUGUCUACACAACAAUCUAUGCGCUCGCAAGUACAAGACGAUCAGCCUGGAGAGAGGCUCUUAUGGUCUCGGCUUCAGCAUAGUGGGAGGGUUUGGAAGCCCCCAUGGAGAUUUGCCCAUCUAUGUGAAAACUGUCUUCAAUAAGGGCGCGGCGAUAGAGGACGGCCAGCUGAAACGUGGAGAUCAAAUCAUUGCGGUGAAUGGACAUUGUCUUGAGGGAGUCACUCAUGCUGAGGCUGUAGAAAUCCUGAAGAAGACCAAGGGAACUGUGGUCCUCACUGUACUGUCUUAAGGAAACAUGAACAAAAGAGAUAAGAAGUAAAAUGAGACGAUAGGCUUAGCAAAAUCAGCAAUGUAAGCU